AUGGAAAACGUGAACGAAAACGACUUAUUAGAAGUCGAAAAUGAGGAUGGCGCCUCAAACAGCCAUUUGUCGUUAGAGGACAGCCCUGAGACCAAUGCUGGACGCCGCAGCUCAAAUAGGUCUAUAAAACGUAAAAGAUUCGACGAUGAGCUUGUCGAGUACAGCCUCGGAAUUCCGGGCUCCUCAAACAUAAAGAGUGGACGUGCCACGGGCAGAAUCCAACAGUACUCUACAGAUUUUGCUCCUAUAAGCAUACUGUCUACUUCUACUUCAAGUCCCGCUCCUGUAGCACCAGCUGGUACAUCUAGCUCUACUGAGCCGCCUCCACUGACCGACGCGACACUGAAAUCGAUCCCGAGCUCCUCGAAGAACAAAAAGAAAGGUAUACCCAAAAGUCACAUGACCACCAGAGACUUAGGCCGUUGGAAGCCAGUCGACGAUCUAGCCCUCAUUAUUGGCAUCGAGCAAGCUAACGACAUUGACAUCAUUUGUGCGGGCGUUAAGUUUUCCUGUAAAUUUACCAAGAAGGAAAUUACAGCACGUUGGUUCGCGCUGUUGUACGAUCACGCAGUGUCCAGGGUAGCUGUUCAGAAUAUCAGGAAUUUACAUCCGGAAGUAUUUGCUGCUGUCCAACGUAAGGCAUUGUGGAGCGAAGAAGAGGAUAGGAUAUUGGGGACCAUUAAAUCGAAUUCAAAUCCUACUUUAGAAACCUUCGCCGAUUUAUUAGCCAAACAUCCAGUGGAAUUUUACUAUGGCCGGACUCCAGAGUUCCUAUUUUGUCAUUGGCAAUCUUUACGCCAGUGUUAUUUAUUACUCGAUCAAGUGGAUCCUGGUAUGUCACCUGAGCUAUCAACAAUGACAUUCGAAGAAGCAGAAGCUCUCAUUCCGGAUUCCGAAUUGCAAGAUCCUCCUGAUAAGGCUUUAGAGACUGAAUUGAAGCUGCAACAGAGACGGAAUCUGAGAGAAAUUCGUCAACUAGAAAACGAGGUUGGUAGAUGGAACGUCUUGGUGAAUGCUGUCACUGGGGAGUGUCCUGGUGAAUUUGAUCAACAAACUUUGGCAAUACUAAGAGGCCGAACGGUGCGCUAUUUGAUGAGAUCCAGGGAAGUUAUUAUUGGACGCUCUGGGAAAACCUUCACAGCCGAUAUUGAUUUGGCUUUGGAGGGUCCUGCUAAUAAGAUUUCUAGAAGACAAGCAACAUUAAAACUGAAAAACACCGGAGAGUUUUAUAUAUAUGCGGAAGGGCAGCGACCGAUUUUUGUCAACGGCAAUCUUCUGGAACCGGGAAACAAAGCGCGACUCUACCAUAAUGCCGUCUUGGAUUUCCAUACCUUGAAAUUUGUUUUUCUGAUUAAUCAAGAUUUGAUUCGGAUCAUUCAUACGGAGAGUGUGGAAUAA